CGCGGCGUGACUAACGUUUAGUUAUAUAGGGAGUGAGAAGGCUCCUUUCUGUUAGUUUCGAUUUGUCUACAUCUUUGACACAAUGAACUGAAAUAAGCCGGUUUUGGAAUGGCCUCCUCAAAAACUCGUGCGUCAUGCAGUGGUGGACCUUUCGCUGUUGUAAAUCCUGCCUUCCAAAAUUGGUGCCACGAUGAUGGUAAAAAGGACAGAAAAGGGUUACUUACAUCAAUAGCUGACAAAAACUAUGGAGCAAAACGGGUGUUACCGCAUGAAAACAAGUUUUCACCCAAAGAACCGCAGAAAACGAGCCACGAAUCUUCAGGUGCACUCGGGACAAACCGAACUCUGUUGUGGCUGAUGGUGUUUCUUUGCCUUGUGUCAACGGCAGCACUUGCGUUAACAAUCCUGAUGUUGUUCGGUAAAAUUGGCGAUCGAUGUAGCUGUGAAACAAACCCAGGUUAGUACGUAGAAAAAAAAAUCAAAUAAUAAACCUACUUAGAAAUAUUUCAAUUACAUUUACUGGACUUGACGACUAUUACAAGGAUGCAAUGCACACUUUGGCUACAUUACAAUUCUAUACCUUCGAACGUUCGAGUAAAAAGGAAUCUAUCAAAUAUUUUCUGCUGAGUCAAUAAAAAUUGUCAUUAAGUCAUUCUUUUACGGAGGGUUACACAUGGUAGGAAAAGCAUUUAUUGAUGAGUCGCUUUUAACUCAUCAUGUGGAUAAAACAGGUGGGACUUUCGUUUCUUCACGUCUCAAAGCGUAAAACCGCGCUUAUUACAUGUGGAAAAAAUAAGAGCCGUCGGGAGUAUUUUUCUAAGAGACCGGGAGUUUAGAAGACUCAAAGAGUUACUUUCGUACGUGGUUCGUGUUAACUGAAGGUUCUUAGAACACGCAUCGAUCACUGUUACCUCUGAAGCUAAACCUUCUGGAUUUUAAUCGCCAUGUUUGAAUGACCUUAUUUAUUUUUUUUAAGACUUGACCUUGGAGUGAUACACGUCGACUAAUAACAUCUUUUAAAGUGGGAUUUGUCUACAGUAGGAAUCUACAAAUCUUAACACCAAAUACAUUUUUUUGUAAUAAGUUAACACGUCUAAAGACGUACCUAACUGAAAAGGAAGUUUCGACCACGGUAAAAUGUGUCUAACGGCUACCUUUAAAGCAUCGCCUGUUAACCUUUUAAAGUUAAGUUCAGAAGUUAACUCAAGAUAAAAGAAUGUUUUCGAGUUUAUAUAGAUGAAAACUGAGGCAUGCUCCACUAUUUCUUAUGAGGAAAUUAAGUCCAGGAUAAAUGAAUAGCGACAACGUACAAUAAGCCUUCGAUGCGUUCGGAACAAAUGAAAUCGUUUGAACUUUACCGCUCCAUUUCGUUUUAUUUCAUGUUUGCGUAUUAUCUAUUGCUACACUUGUCUAUAUUGAUUUUGGUUAAGUAUGGCAAUAUUAAUUUUCUUAUCUGCUUAGCUCUCCCAUUGAACAAUCGUUUGAAAAAUGCUUGCAUCCAUUGUUUGAAAAGUUGCCCGAUCACGGUUUAUUAAAUCUCGAAAAAUUUCGUCAAUUUUCACGAUUAUCAUCUGAACCUGUACUUAUCUAAUCAAAUCAAAAGCUGUUUUGUUGUUUUCCUGUUGUUCCGUCUCUUUCAACUUUGAUGUAGUUUUGCAUGUGUCAAGGAAGCACUCAAAAUAAUCUUGACUCAGCUCUUUUAUGAGUGCAGUCACUUACGGCUCUUGUGUCUGUAUUUUUACGAUUCUUAGACAGACCGGAAUUUCAUGAAAACCACAGCACAAAUAACGUUAAAAAUAGUCUCGAGCGGGCACAAAGAUUUCCUAGAAAAUGGCGCGUCUUUCCGGAUUAAAAAUUAAUCGAUUGUCAUUCAUCCUGUUGCACCCAGGCUACCUUCACUUUGACAGCGCUAUUGACAAGAUUUCUUCCAUUCAAAUGUUUUGACGUAAGGCGAUCUUUGUUUGAAGAGCGCAUUUUUCUAAGGUUACUAUGUAAAGGGAAAAUCUUGUUGUGAUUAACCUCCAUAGCCUUUUUUCCUGCUUUUUUUAAUUUAGUCCUGUACCAAAAGUACAAAAGUUUCGGUCUGAAAAAGAGAAGGCGAAACAAUCGUUUUUCAAGGCUCGCUGAGUGUUUUUCCGAUUGGAAAAAACAUCCCACGGCAUACAAAAGAUUAAAAAUGCAUCAAGAGUUUGUUUAACGAGUUUAUGAAACGUAAGUGCUUAUAGUCAAAAAUGAAAGUCCAGAAUUUUCUUGAUUGAAAAAUUACGGACGAUCUCAAACUAAAUCGAAUCGUUAUCUAGCUCAAGAGACCAGGUUUACGACAAGCAUCUUUUAACCUAAACCGCACAUAUAAACGUUUUACUGAUACGAUCAAAUAAUCUGGGGUGAUGAAUAUUCACAAAUGAAAUGUUUAUGUCAGCGUUUAUUACAUUUCGCCCGUUUCUCGAAGAGCGGAUCUCAGUUUUGUGUGUUGGACCUGAGAUCGCCAAUAAAAAUGUUACUAUCAAUUCAUUGAUCGGUGGUUGUUAUGUUCCUUCUUCAUCAGUAGAAGAUUUUGAUUGAAACAAUUGUUGAAUAACCGCUUCGCUCAAUCAAACGGACAAUGACCGUCUUCAUUUGCUGUAUUAUAUGUAAUGGCUGACUUUUUUCAGAAUGUUCUGUUGGACGAGAAAAUUGAUUUUCGUUACCUUAUUGAGAGCUGGCAUUUUUGAAAAAGAUUCUACAUUGGUGAAAUAGGAGCUAGAUUUUUUGCAUUUUUUGUUCAUUUGAAUAGUGCACUUUCAAAAUUUUUAACUUACUUUUUAUACUGAUCAGAUGCGAACUAAACCAGUCAUGAAGAUAAUGAGUCAUUGAGACCCAUCCCUUUCAUUAACCAUGUUGAAAUGCUCAGUGCUGAAAUUUUCCAGCUCCUCAAGGCGACUGCAACGUUUCUUUUACUCAUAACAUACAAUGAUCGAUCGUUUAAGAAUUUCUGAAGUAUAGAGAGCAAAUAUCACAUGCAAACAAUAUGCAAUACGCCCUUUCCCCUCGCCAGUAUCUUCUUUUACUAGACGACUACAAACGAAGAGAGAGUCUUGCAGUUCUUUUAACCAAAGGGUAGGUUAUUCGUUAACAAAAUUAACGGUUUUUUCAGUCUCUGCGAAAAUUUCUUUUCUUCUGACUACGUGCUUGUGAAUGUACGAUUUCCAAAAGAACGCUGCCCAUCAAGAGUUUAAUUGUUAAGUAGAUAAUUAUUCCAUCGUAUCUACCGGCUAAGAAGCCUUUCAUUUUAUAUCCACUGUUUUCCUAAGCAUCUCCAUUAGCUCAUGGGGACAGCGAGAUUUCGGCCAGGGUGACGUCUCUAGAGCAAAAGUUGUCAAAACUACAGAACCAAAAGGUAAGAGUAUUCUGUUAAAUGCAUGAUGUACAAGAAUUAAAUUUCAUGUACUGCCAGUCUGAUGAGAAGCCAAAAGCUGUUACAUACCCUUAUGGAUUCCCCUGAAAGACAAGAUAACCGUGAACGGGCUAAGACAGAACGAGAAAGUACUUGAAUAAGUCAGAAAUGAAAGGAAAUUCUCAUUUGGAUUUUACAUCUUUGAUUCAACGUAUGCCGGUGCAGAGAUACAAAAUCCAAAUCUUAAUAAAUCGUCUUAAGAAAGGCAGCGUGUUCUUUUUUUAUAUUCGUUGUUUCUUUAUUACUCGUUCAAUUCCUUUCUGGGUGUUUCUCGAGUCGGAAAUGCUGCAACGAGCAGAGGACCUAGCAGAUGUUACCAAGGCAUGAAGCCCUACGGAUUAAUAAAUAUAAUGAAGCAGAAACAUUUUGUCUUGAGUGAAGUCAGGACUGACGCGAAAAAGUUACUGGAAAUGCCUUCCUCCUCUCUGCCCCUUUGGUUAUGUCUACCAGCAGAGCUAAUCCAGUUUUUUAUAUCUUUGGUUGCAACAGGUUGUCUCGCCUAACGUGACUGGCAGUUCUCAAACUGAGUUUACCGUUACGGUAUGCGAUUCUAGCUCUCUAUCUUUUGAGUUGAAAAUGGAUUACAGAGAUAGUUUCUUUAGAUUCUUUAGGAUUGAAUUUCCCAUUGAUUGUUUAUUAUUUCACACACUUGCAUGGAAUCACAUCUCACGGGAGCCUGUUGCAGAUACUGUGCUUCUUUGAAAUUAUAUUUGACACUCGUUGUCCAAUUUUGACCCUUCUACCAGGUCACUCAAAACAGAAUCGACGAAUUAUUUAGUGAAUUUAAGUAUUAUAAUCUUUAUAACAACAGAGGGCUUUGUGUUAAAAGCAAUUCGUGAGAAUCUUUUUUUAUGUCUUCCUGAGUUUGGGCGACCGAUACAAUCGGUUCGAAAGUGCUUCACUGCUAUCUCUAUGUAAACCCUUCUCGCUGAGCAACUUUAAUUUGUUUUUUGUUUGUAGUUUAACCAGACGGCUACAAGACUGCUUCAACAAGACAUUGAUUCACUGAAGGCCCUGGUGAAUGAUAUGAAUAGGACGACAUUUGAUAAGGUGUGGAUGAAAUGAUUUAAACCUUAUCUCUAUUUUUGGUUUAAACAUAAGGAAACUAGAUAAAUGUUUUACAUCCUAUGAAUUAUAAAGCUACCGCUAUAAACCUGCAUUGCCUUUCCGUCCCUUAAGUUUUAUGAAAAAAAAAUCGUGCUGAUUUGGCUACGCAAAUACGAUGUAAACUUAAUGUAAUCCAGCUUUGUGGGUAAACGGUUAUCAAAGCUACUUGGAAACGAAUUUAUAAUUGUAUAUGUAGUUCCCGUAUGUUAUAACCAUAGGUAUUUUACAAAGUAACCCCCAGCGCUAGGAACUGAGCUUUUUUCCGAGCUUUUCCUCAUUUACCAAGAUGAAUUACAAAGACAAAAACAAACAAAAAACGAUCAAACAUCAAAAAUACGAAAACUAACUAAUUCAUGUGAUCGUUAUGCCAAUCGUUCCUUAGAUGAACCGAAUCAGUUUAUCUGGAGUUGGGGCUUAUACGUUGGCGAAUCAAACAGAGGAGAUUUUGAACAAAUUUAAAAACCACACCGCAAGCUCUCUAAUAUCGGUAAGUACUACAAAAUGAUUCAUAGAUCUUUACAAAGUUUGAGUGAAGAUGUUAUUGGGAAAGAUUUUGUAGGCAAUCGCUGUUAUGAGUAUUGAAAUUCACGCUUCCUCAUCGUGUAAAUCGAAUUCGAAUCUUCCGCUUUAACUCUACUUGAUACAGCUGUUGCAUCCCGUCCGCUUUAUGCUAUUCAGUUGUCCGAUUUGAGUUUUGAGACAGGGAAAAAAGCUUUUAAUCUGAUAGGACGUGGCCAGAGGAGUUUAUUACCAAUUCAAAUUUCAUAUCGUAUUCAUAACAGCGAGCGAAACUCAUGUUAAAUAGAAAAUUGACAAAUGAAAUGAACUUUUUGGACAAAAAGCGAGUAUUUGUACCUCGAAGGGAGGUAAGUUGUUCUAAAGCAUAGCAAAGACUCCUUGCGUACUUUUCCUUUUCUGUCUUCUUUUGUCAUUUCUACAUCAGCGGACAAUUAGCGCUGGAUUAACCUUUCUUGCUCGAUAAGAAUUCUAAAAAUCAAGCCUAAUUAUCUCAGCAAUAUUUCACCGUGAAAAUGCCACGGGUGGAACAAAGCUGUGUCCUGUUUUAAAGAUAACGAUUUGCCAAAACAUGUCCGAAGACAUUGACAUUAUUGAAUGUAUUUUUCUCUUUUUUUUGUUCAAACAGUUGAUAAACGCAACAGAUGGACUAAAACAAGAAGAUGUGAAGUUGAGGACACUUUUGUUAGAAUUAAACACCACCCUCUCUACCAAGGUACAAGGCGAUAUUUGCAGAUAACUAAUCAAGCGUAGAUAUUACGCAAUUUGCCGCAGUUCUUCUAGCGAUAAUCAGUUCUCAACUGGCAUCUAAGCUGAAGGGAUGAGUUUGUGUCAGUUACGUCUGAUUCGGAAAUGUUUUCCACAUUGAAGGUGUUCACUAAGGUGGUAUUAUGUCGAGCAAUUUUUGCAAAUCGUCUUUUUUUCUUUGAUAAAACCAAAUUAACUUUGCUUCAAGCUCGCAAGCGCUGGAAAAUCAAUGUCAUGAAGGGAGCGAGAGGCUUUCACACAAAUAAAAAUUCAAAGGAAAGGAAAGGGAAAAAGAAAAGAAAGAUCACGGAUACGAGCCAACAGCAAGUUCGUAGCUGUCACGCGUUCAGUAUGUGCACCUUUCAAGUUUAAAUUAGACAAAAGAGAUACACAAAUUGUUCCCUUUAUCAAAAAAUCAUGUUGCAGAUAGAGAAUGUUAGUAAGCUCCAAGGCCCAAUUGGACCGCGUGGUUUCAACGGCUCUCAAGGAGCGAUUGGACCAGCCGGACCUCAAGGAUUCAAUGGUACACAGGGUACCCAGGGUGUUAUAGGCCCCCCGGGGUUUAAUGGAUCAAGAGGACCACCAGGGCCACAGGGACCUAACGGAGCAGGAGACUUCUCCCAGUGUGAACACAAGACUGAGGAUUUGACUGGAAACCAAAAUCCAGUCACCGGCAACAGUUUACCAACUCCAGUUAAAGUGAUUAAGGGUGAACCAAUUGUAAGUCAAUUCAAAGGAAAGAUUCAAGACUAUUCCCUUUGUAAUUUUGUUGAUAACGGAAAGUGUAAAGACGUUUGUCAGAUUGUUUGCCAUACCCUAACGCAAAUGAAAACGUGGGUUAGCUGACGUGAUACGCCAACAUGGAAUCAUGCAUGCUCAUGUAAUUGGACAACAUAUAUGUAGGUCCUUUGUAUCAGGAAUUAGAUCGAUCUAAGUCUCCAUAAUAAAUUAAAGAGUAGAUGGUAAAUUAUUAAACAGAAGUAGUCAAAUAGUCCACUCUUUUUGUGGUCAGUCAAGUAAUUCAAGUAUUUUUUUUAUUGCAGGGUAAGAGGAUCGUUGGUGUCGCAUGUACAACAGACCAUGCUCAACUUUAUCUGCUCUCGACCAAGAUAAAAACAUCUAAUAAACAGUUGUUCUACUACUGUAGCUGUUAUGGUCAUCAUGGAAGAGGCCAGGCUGCUAUUCAGUGCGUCAUGCAUUACUGGGAAUGUCCGCUGACCACAUGA